CUCUCACAUGCCUCUCUAAGUUCCCUUUAGGGUUUUCUUCUUCACUAUAGAGACUCAUGCUCUUCUCUUCCCAAUCGCCGCCUCUGAUCUCUCUUCCUCGCUUCUCAGAUUAGCCUUUGUUUUGUUAGAUUGAUUUGUUAUGUCCAACAAUCUAUUGCCUCAGCCUUGUAUGCAAAUGGGUCAAUUCAUUAAUGUCCCUACUCCCACUCCUGAGCUGAUUUCUAAUCCGGAAAUGAGAUUGUCACAACCAAUCUGUAGUCAUAUCUCUGGUGGGAGACAAGAUUUUCAUGUAAUGUUGCCUAGUGUUGUUGGUUUAGGAUCAGUUAAUAUGGAUAAGACUCUGUUACCUGGUAAGCGGAAAUCUCCGUUGCAUCCUUCUGUGCAAAAUAAACGGAUGGCAUUACCUAUGGAAGGUCGACCGUGGGCGUCUGCUCCAAUGCCUGUGCAGUUAUCUUCUGUUUCCCCUAGAACACAGUAUUUGCCUGCUUCGUUUGUUAGUAAGAAUAGUUUUGUUUCUUUUAGUAAACCUGGGAAGCAAGCUGCGGCGAGAAAACCGACUUUACAGAAACCGAUGUUGCUGAAACCUCAAAGUGAGUCGUCUGGUUCUGUGAGGUCUAAAAUGAGAGAAUCUUUAGCUGGUGCAUUGGCAAUGGUACAGUGUCAAAUGGAUGUUCCUAACGAGUCGAAAAUGUUAGAUAGUGAGACUGUAGCUAAUCCUCUAGAAGGUCAUGUUAGUGGGCCAGUGUCAGCUGCUUCUGGAGUUGAUGUGAUGGUAUCUAAUGGAAGUACUGAGAUGCUGACCCUCAGUGAUCCUAGUCCUGUUGCGGGUAUCUCUGUUCAGACAGUGUUACCGGAGAUUUUGUCUAUCGCCAAGACAAGUGAUGCCCAAGUACCUGAGGCUGUAAAACCGUUUGUGCAAGACAAUGUUUCAUAUAGUGACAAUGUGUUUUCAAAAGAUGAUCUUUUGCAAGGGAAUGACCUCUCUUGGGCUCUCGAGUCGGACAUUGAGUUUACUGUCAAUUGUCAAAAUGAAAUGAUUGGUGCAAUGGCUAAUGAUGGGAGCCUGGAAAAAUUGUUACUGGAUCCACAAGUUUUGGCAUUUGAAAUAGAGACAGAACUCUUUAAGUUAUUUGGUGGUGUAAAUAAGAAAUAUAAAGAGAAAGGAAGGUCUCUCUUGUUCAAUUUGAAAGACAAGAGUAAUCCUAAACUCAGGGAAAAAGUUAUGUAUGGAGAAAUUGCAGCAGAGCGAUUGUGUUCCAUGUCAGCAGAGGAACUUGCUUCAAAGGAACUAGCUGAGUGGCGACAAGCAAAAGCAGAAGAGAUGGCUCAGAUGGUUGUUCUGCAGGACACUGAGGUGGAUAUCAGAAGCCUAGUAAGGAAAACACACAAAGGAGAGUUCCAAGUGGAAGUUGAACCAAUGGAUAGUGGUUCUGUAGAGGUCUCUGUUGGAAUGAGUUCGAUUAACUGGUCUCGAACAAAGAAUUUUAAGAAGAAAACCCCUUCCAUCACGAAAACUCUUGGAGUCAAGAAUGAAUUGAACAGCUCUAAUGAGAGCACUGGGCCAAUAAACGGAGUCACAAUAGAUGAUGAGAUGCAGGCUGCCACUGGAUCUCUUCCUCCAAUUGUCUCUCUUGAUGAAUUCAUGUCAUCCAUAGAUUCUGAAUCUCCGUCUGGCUUUUUGUCUUCAGAUACUGAGAAAAAACCUUCUGUUUCAGAUAAUAAUGAUGUAGAGGAGGUUUUAGUUUCAUCACCCAAAGAAAGUGCUAAUAUUGAUCUUUGUACAUCACCAGUUAAGGCUGAGGCAUUGUCACCACUUACGGCUAAGGCAUCAUCACCUGUUAACGCUGAGGAUGCUGACAUAGUAUCGUCAAAGCCUAGUUCUGAUUUGAAAUCCAAAACUACAUCUGUUUUCAUACCUGAUGGUGAACGUUUAUGGGAAGGUGUGCUCCAGCUGAGUCCUUCUACUGUGAGCUCUGUCAUCGGCAUUCUAAGAAGUGGCGAAAAGACUACUACAAAAGAGUGGCCUAUUUUGCUCGAGAUUAAGGGUAGAGUCAGAUUAGAUGCAUUUGAGAAGUUUGUUCGAGAGCUCCCAAAUUCCAGGAGUCGUGCUGUAAUGGUAUUUGUCUACACGUUUACCUCUAUCAUUAAUGUACAUGUUUUAUAUACGCAUUCUGUGUUUGAGCCCCUGCAAAAGCUAUUAACUGUGACGUUUAACCAAGCUUAAGUAGAAGCAUUUAGGAAAGAAGAGGAGAGAUUAACGGCCAAUACUGAUUUGUGAAUGAUUGAGAAAAAUACAUUACAUCUGUGAAUCACAAUGGAGAUAGAUGGACUUACAAAAAUAUUUUCACCAGAACAAUUGCAUAGCUUAUGUUUCUUGAAUAGGCCUCCAUAUUCCAAUAAAACUAAGACCUGUUUGUUCUCGAUUCUAUAUGUAUGUGAUGAACUCGUUUAUCCAUCAUGGUACUUCUGAAACCUUGCUUUCGUGUUACAGGUUAUGUGUUUCGUCUGCAAAGAAGAGUGCUCAAAGACAGAACAAGAGAACAUUUCCGAGGUGGUGGAUUCAUACGCUAAAGAUGGGAGGGUGGGUUAUGCAGAACCAGCUUCAGGAGUUGAGCUAUACCUAUGCCCAACCCGUGGGAGAACUGUCGAGAUUCUAAACAAGAUUGUUCCGAGAAACCAACUCGAUUUCUUGAAAUCUAUAAAUGAUGAUGGUCUUAUAGGUGUUGUUGUAUGGAGAAGACACACAAUUUAAAAAAUCACCACUAUCUAACAACUCUCACAAGAACCACCGUGAAAAGGGUUCUUCGUUAACCACAUAUAAUACUUCUCGUUACAGUAACAUGCUACAGGUCAACAAUGACGAUGGUGAUGAUGUGCCACCGGGGUUUGGCCCAAUGACCAUGGCUCGGGAUGAAGAUGAUGACUUGCCUGAAUUUAACUAUUUUUCCAGUGGGGAUGUUGUCGUGAACCGGACAAGCCGGUCUGUAUCUGUAAGAGAGCUUAUUCAAAAAUAUGGAAAAUCUGAACCUUUGAGGAACCAAAGUUAUAAUGAUAAUGACAAUGAUAUACUACCAGAGUGGCAGCCUCAAUCUAACUGGACUCUUGGGGUUACUCAUGUAAAUGGUGGCUCGAUGGUUAGACCAUGUAGUGAGUGGUGGUCUCAUCAGGAUGGCAGAGGAGGAUAUUAAUUGUUUUUUGUUUCACCUUAGCAAUUUUGUGUUUGUUAUGCAUUUUCUGUUGCAGGCAACACUGCUUUCCAAAUUUUGUGAUUUUCUCUCAACAGUCACCGAUAUUUGGCACUUUAUUAGUAAGAUGGGCUUGCGCAGCCCGCUAAUAUAUUGCUCCUUUCUGUAACAAAAAGUACAAAAGUAA